UAGAAAUUCAGGUUAUGUUUGACGUUUCCGUAGAAAAAAUUACUAUGAAUGAAAUCAGAAGUUUUUGUUUAAUUUUCAUAUGAAACACCCGAUUGUUGUUAAACUCCCAAGUAUUGCCUGAAAAUGUGAGCAAGAAAGAUUUCCGAUUAUUGGUUCAGUGCUAUAUACCCGUCUCAAAUGGAAACUUCCCAAAUUUCUCAAGAUAUCUCAUGGAUGCCUUUUUGGAUAUUGAAUAAAUCUUGAAUACCAAUCAAUACUGAUUACCCCAAUUGAAAAUGUCCUACUAUGCCAAUGAGAAUUUUUAUUCUCAUACAUUCACUCCAAGAGAAUAUCAGGUGGAAUUGUUAGAAUCUGCGAAAAAAAGGAAUACUGUAGUUUGUUCGAGCACGGAUUCAGCUAAAUCCUUUAUUAUUUUAAAAUUGCUACAAGAAUUUUCAUGGAAAAUGAGAAAUUCAUCCAAAAAAACCUUCUUGCUAUUGGACGAUGAAAAUAUAUCUCUUAUUGGUUCCCAGAUAAGAUUAAUUACCGAUUUGAAUGUUUUCUCUCUUGUAACCGAAAAUGAUGUGGAGGAAGAAGAGUGGAAUAAUGCUCUACAUGUCAGCGAAGUUGUCUUAAUGAAUGAAAAUAUAUGCCGAAAGUUGAUGAUGUAUGAUUUGAUGGAUUUGAGUAAGUUUGAAUUGAUUAUUAUCGAUGAUUGCCUUUAUGGGGAACGCCAAAUUGUAAUACAUGAACUAAUGGAUAUAUAUGAAAAAUUAGAAGAAAAACCUAGAAUUUUAGGAUUUUCAGCUAGUUUAUUAGGUUUGGAUUUGCAACCAGAGUAUCUCGAAUCAGAGUUACUGAGAUUAGAGAAACUGUUGGAUUCUACCGUUGACACGUCUAGUGAAAUUGUAACUCUUAUAAGAUUAUCUUGCCGACCUAAGGAAUAUAUAGUUGAAUGCGCUCUUAGUAUCAUCGUUGAAUUAGACAGUUUAAUCAGAAAAGAAGUUAUUAAUGCCCUAAAUUUCCUCAAAGAACAUAGGUUCGACCCAAGUGAAAUAUAUGAGGCAGACUUAUUAGAUGAAAUAAAGCAAGCUCCAAAUCCAGUUGAUGAACCUAUGAACUUGUUGAGCAUAUUAUUGUCAAUUCUAACAGAUAUGGGACCUUGGUGCGCACAACAAGCAGCACUCACAAUGGUAUCGAAAAUAGAGAAACUCAAAAUUAAAGUACCCUAUGAAAGGCACUUUCUUCUUUUAUGCAUGGUCUCUACAGUGUUAGUGAAAAUUUAUUCAAUUUGUGAAAAUUAUAUGAAAGACUUAUCAGACACUGAGAAAAUUUUGAAGUUUUCCACGUCUAAGGUAUUGAGGUAUUUGGAGAUACUGAAAAAAUUCAAGCCAAAAAUUGAGAAAACGGAUGCUCAAGAAGUGAUUCCAGAACAAGGAAGGGAGAUUGAAGUUAAUGCAAGACCUAGAAAAGGCGGUCGAGUUCCGAGAAGGCUGUUUGUUCAAAAAAAUCAAACAGACGAUUCCAUUUGUUGUCUGACUUUCGUCCAUGAUCGUUACAGAGCUAAAGUUCUAUUCAAUCUAUUGUGUGUUAUGUCACAAAAUCACGAAGAUUAUAUUUGGAUCUCGACGCAAUACGCUGUAGAGAAGACAGCGGAUCCUGCGAAAGAAAUGAAAGAAGCUGAAAUGGAGCAUAAACAGCAUGAAGAGGUGUUGAGAAAGUAUCGUGCUCACGAAGUCAAUAUAAUGAUAUCCACUUUUGUACUUGAACACGGCUGUGAUUUACCUAGAUGCAAUUUAGUCGUAAGAUUCGAUUUGCCGGAGAUGUUCCAUAGUUACAUACAGAGCAAAGCGAGAGCGAGGGCAUCUCAUGCGCAUUUCGUUUCACUUGUGAACGAAGACAACACCAUGGAUUUCGUUGGAAAGUUGUCCCAAUAUAAUGAAAUUGAAAAUAUUCUCUUGAAGAGAUGUUGCAGUUUGGAACCGGAGAAGGAGGAGGAGCAUUAUGCCAACAGUUUUUCAGCACUUUGCGAACCAUAUCAACCGCUAAAGCAAGAAGGGUCACCGUCUGUGACGCUCUCGAAUGCUGUAACAUUAAUAAACAAAUACUGUGCCAAAUUACCGAGUGAUACGUUCACUAAAUUAACUCCGAUUUGGGGGGAGGAAAAAAUUAAAGAAGGUUAUAUUUGUCGAAUAAGGCUACCAAUUAACUCACCAGUGAAAGAAACAAUUCUCAGUCCCCCGAUGUAUAAUAGUCUGUUGGCUAGAAGGGCGGCAGCUUUCAUGGCCUGUCAAUUGUUGCACAAAACUGGGGAGUUGGAUGAUAAUCUUCAGCCUAUAGGAAAGGAAAAUUUUGUCGCUAGUGAGGAAGAUUGGAAUACGUUUCCUUUGGAUGAGGCGGACGAGGAGCUGGCGCGUGAAAAUGUAGAACCGAGGCCAGGAACGACGAAACGAAGGCAGUAUUACUAUAAAAAAGUCGCGGAUGCGCUCUUGAGUUGUCACCCAGUGGCUGGAGAACGGAGUUAUUUCUACAAAAUUGUAAUGACUCUCACCUGUCCCUUGCCAGAAGAACAGAACACACGAGGCAGAAAAAUAUACCCUCCUGAAGAUUUUCCCCAGAGUUUCGGUAUUUUGACGUCUAAAAAAAUUCCCAAGAUAAGUUCUUUCCCGAUAUUCACUAGAUCAGGGGAAGUGAGUGUAGAUUUGGAGUUGUGUUCCAGCAAUAUCGUUUUAACGACGAAACAAAUUUCACAACUGAGGGAAUUUCUGAAUUACACGUUCACCAGGGUGUUGAGACUGCAGAAAUACCUGAUGCUUUUCAAUCCGGAUUCAUCGUUGAAUUCGUAUCUCGUCGUACCAACCAACUCGAAUUCGAUCAACAACACUGUGAUCGAUUGGAAUUUCGUGGAAUUGAUAAAUGAAAAUCUGACCAUUCUUCCCGAAAUCGUGCCAGAGGAGAAACGUGCAAAUUACAAUUUCGAUCCGAAGAAAUACGAGGAUGCUGUGGUGAUGCCUUGGUACCGGAACCAAGACCAACCGCAAUAUUUUUACGUCGCCGAAAUAUGUAAAAAUCUGAGUCCUAAAUCGUCUUUCCCUGGAUCGGAAUACGCCACCUUCGAAGAAUACUACCUGAAAAAAUACGAUAUCCAGAUACAGAAUUUCUCUCAGCACCUUCUAGACGUGGACCAUACGUCGGCAAGGUUGAAUUUCUUAACGCCCAGAUAUGUGAACAGGAAGGGGGUGGCUUUGCCGACGAGUAGCGAGGAGACUAAGAGGGCCAAGAGGGAGAACUUGGAACAGAAACAGAUUUUAGUACCCGAAUUGUGUGCUAUACACCCUUUCCCUGCGUCUUUGUGGCGUAAGGCGGUUUGUCUCCCCUGCAUUUUAUAUCGGAUCAACGCGCUUCUACUGGCGGAUCAGAUAAGAAAAACUGUGGCUGUCGAAUUGUUGCUGGGAACCGCGGAACUCGAGGAACAUUUCAAAUGGCCCGCUUUGAAUUUCGGCUGGAGCCUUUGCGACGUCAUAAAAAAAUCCAAGGAGGACGAGGCGAAGCAGGACGAAAAACCUGAGGAAAUUGAAAUCGAAAAGGCCGAAAUUAUCGAGGAUUUCGAUGUUGAAAUAGCGGAAAUCACCGAUAAAAUCGACGAUGACAAAUCGAGCUGGAACAUCGGAACCUGGUCGAACGACAUGGCCGGUUCCAACGAGGAUGGUGAAUUGACGAUAAAAUAUAGUUCCCCCACAAGCUGGAUGGUAGCAGACGAUUAUGACGACUACACUUCUUCGGAGUCCUCGUACUCUGACGAUGAUUCCAACGACGAUAUCGGUGGUUGUCGGAUAGAAUUCACCGGCAAUUAUCUAGCAGAAGCAGUCGAUUCGGAAGAAGUUAAAGAAGUCGUUACCUCGAAACAGUGCGUUAGCGUUUGGUCCGAUAUCAACUGCAGUUUGAAAAAUGUCGAAGAAUUACAACAGAAAUUCAACGAAGCCUGUAUUAGAAAUAAGAAAAACAUUCUGAACUCCGGAAUGUUGUUGAAGAAAGAUCAAGAAUUCACUAAGAACGAGGAGUUGCACAACACGCCGAAAAUUCACGAAAACGGUAUGGUGUCAAACUUCGACUUCAAUCAGCUGAUCGUUAAUCCUCGUAAACCCAUUUAUAGCCCGAAAAAAUUCCGAAAAACCAGAUACAACUGUGAUAUUAUAGACUCUAGUACAUUCAAGUUCGACGCACAACCUUCAUUAGAAAACCACCCUGGUCCCAGUCCGAAUCUGCUGCUGCAAGCUUUAACGAUGUCGAACGCCAAUGACGGCAUCAAUUUGGAACGGUUGGAAACCAUAGGAGACUCGUUUUUGAAAUACGCCAUCACCAACUAUCUCUACUCCAAGUACGAAAACAUUCACGAGGGGAAACUGAGCCAUUUACGCUCCAAACAGGUCAGUAAUUUGAAUUUAUACCGUUUAGGGAAGAGGAAAAACUUGGGGGAAUUCAUGAUCGCCACCAAGUUCGACCCUCACGACAACUGGUUGCCUCCCUGUUUCUACGUGCCGAAAGAACUGGAAGAGGCUUUGCUGGCCGCUCAGUACCCCGCCAACUGUUGGACGAUGGCCGACAUGGAGGCUACCAGGGACAUGACGUUGGAGGAUAUUUGUUCUAUGGUUAAAGAAAAGGGCGAAGAAAUUGCAUUUCCAAACUCCAUACCGUACAAUUUGGUAACUCAGCACAGUAUACCGGAUAAAAGCAUUGCCGACUGCGUGGAAGCUCUAAUCGGCGCAUAUUUGAUUGAUUGCGGACCAAGAGGUGCCCUAUUGUUCAUGACAUGGUUGGGUAUAAAAGUUUUACCUCAGAUAAGUGAUAAUACCUACGGUGAAUUUGAACUACCUCAUUCCCCCCUUCUCAGGCAUCUACCUAACUCGCAGGAAGAAUUAGAAGUUUUGCUGGAUGGUUACAACGAGUUUGAACGACACAUCGGAUACAAAUUUAAAGACCGGUCGUAUUUACUUCAGGCUUUGACCCAUGCUUCUUAUUCACCGAACAGAAUAACCGAUUGUUAUCAACGUUUGGAAUUUUUAGGAGACGCCGUACUAGAUUACCUAAUCACGAGACAUCUUUAUGAAGAUUCUAGGAUGCAUUCUCCAGGAGCUCUCACCGACUUAAGAUCGGCGUUGGUGAAUAACACAAUAUUCGCGUCUCUUGCAGUCAGAAAUGGAUUCCAUAAAUAUUUUCGACAUUUGUCGCCAGGUUUGAAUGAAGUAAUCGAAAAAUUCAUCAGACUUCAGGAAGAAUGUGGCCACAGCCUGGUGGAAGAGCUAUUUCUCGUUAUAGAAACUGAUGCGGAGGAGGUGGAAGACGUCGAAGUGCCUAAAGCCCUUGGAGAUAUUUUCGAAUCGGUGGCCGGGGCCAUAUUCUUAGAUUCGGAAAUGUCCCUGGAUGCCGUGUGGGAGGUUUAUCAUAAAAUGAUGCAGGCGGAAAUAGAACAAUUCAGCAACAAAGUACCAAAAUCGCCAAUAAGGGAGUUAUUGGAGCUCGAACCGGAGACCGCUAAAUUUGGAAAGCCGGAAAAGUUGGCGGACGGAAGGAGAGUGAGAGUUUCGGUUGAAGUUUUCGGAAAAGGGACGUUCAAGGGUAUUGGAAGGAACUAUCGUAUAGCGAAAUGUACUGCAGCUAAGUGUGCUUUGAAGCAUUUGAAAAGACAAGGGUUGGUCAGAAGAAACGAGUGAUUACUGAAAUGUACAUAGUGUUUACUGCCAUAUAAAUCGUAUAAUUUUUUAUUUUAAGAUAAAAGGGAAUUGUUUGUUAUUGUAAUUACCAAUAUGAAUGUGUAGAUAUAAGAUUAACUGUCACCAAUAUUAAUUUAAUUCAUUCCAUUGGAAAUCAUGUGAUAUUUUAAUUUAUUUAUAAUGAUAUUCAUUAAACAAUGACAGAUUAA